AAGCUACGGAACCUCUAAAUUUAAAACAAUUAACUUUUGCAUUCCUCUUACAAGAUAUCUAUGAAUAUUCGCCAGAUAUCUACAUUAAUAUUGCGUUUAUGAAAACUCGGGAAAACUUUUCCUAUUUUAUUACCUGUAAGAAUAUACCGCAUUGCGGCACCGUUUUGCCUUAUUCGCCUUAUUCUACUUACAUCUUUCAAUGUAUCUCCUGCAAUUAUAUUUAGAUAGUGCAGAGCCUAAAUAAUAAUUUAACUACGUAUUAAUCGCUUGCUGGUUUACUUUUUUGGAAAAAAGACCGAAAUUUCAGUGAUCAAUGAUAAUAAAUCUCGUUACACAAUGAGUACGAUAAUAAAGCAGAAGAUAAAUUGAAAUUGGAAACCCGUGGAAAACUUUUCACAAUCAUGUCUCUAUUUAAAGUAUUCCAAAAGUUGAAAAGUUCCGCGCAAAAAAGACCAUUACUCUUCAAUUCAAUGAUAUACGGUUCUUUUUAUACCGGUGCUGAAUUCGCACAACAAACUUAUAGUAAAAUAUUCAAGUUUUCGUUAUCACCGGUAUCAGCAAACAUUGAAGAGACGAACACAUUUGAAAUUAAGAAGCCACUAUCUCUUUGGAUAAGAAACUUUAAUCAAAAGUUGGGUUUAUUGGAUGAGAAUAAUUCGGCGCAAUCGAGAAGUUACAAUUGGCCUCAACUUAAACGAUAUGCUAUUUAUGGUUGUUUCAUUGCAGGACCUAUGCUACAUGGAUGGUACAAAUGGUUGGAUAUAUUUUAUAAAGGCCAAACUAUAAAAAUUGUCCUCACAAAACUUUUGGUCGACCAAUUUAUUCUUACACCGCCAUUAAUUACGCUGUUCUUCAUCAGUAUGAGUUUGAUGGAGGGUAAAUCGAAUCCAUUGGAUGAAUGUAAAGCAAAAUUUUUGCAAACGUUCAAGACUUCCUGCAUGUACUGGUUACCAGUUCAAUUUUUAAAUUUUCUACUAGUACCGUCAGCACUACGAGUCUCUUUCGUUAGUAUCGCGGCCUUUUGUUGGGUAAACAUACUCUGUUAUUUGAAAAGUAUACCUGUAUCCGAAUGUAAUAAUAAUUAAAUAAAAUAUUGAUUUCCUGCAUUAA